GGCUGAAAUUUGCAGGAAGGGGAGCACAUGGUCCUGAUGCCUGGAUUUCUGUUGUCUCGAAGUGGUUUGAAGCUUUCACCAGCACUUGUCCUAACUGAUGGGUACUACUUAAGCACUGCUUUUCCUCGCUGGUUAUGUGGCUGGCUCCUUUGGGUUCAGCGAAAAUAUUAUUCCAUCCCUGCUCUCAGACUGCCCAUCCACCACACUGGUCCUGCCAAACCACGGGCAGCCCCAGGGCUGGAAGGACAUAAGAGCAAAAAAGUGACACAUGGAGGAGCUGUGACUGAGAGGUGACUGCCUUUGGAGUGGAACCUGCCCGGUGAUUUUGGAGCAGCCCGUUGCCUAUGGAGGGGGCAGACUAAGUAGCCGUCAUGACGACAGAGACGGGCCCCGAUUCGGAUGUGAAGAAUGCACAGGAGGAGGCCGCGCAGCAGCAGCUGGAGGCAGCCACCCCUGGCCCCACCGCCAUGGCUGCCAGCCCUGGACCUGUGGCCAACAGUGGAGAGACUGAGGCUAAUGAGAAGCCUAUGGCCCAGCCUGACUCCCAAAAUGCAGAGCCGAGCACAGAAACGGAGGAGAAAGAUUACAGUGAAACGGAUGGGCUCUCUGAUAAAACAACACCCAGCAAGACCCAGAAAUCACCCCAGAAAAUCACCAAGAAAGUCAAGAGUGCCCUCUGCAGAGUGACCCUGCUCGAUGCCUCUGAGUAUGAAUGCGAAGUGGAGAAGCAUUCCCGAGGCCAAGUCCUCUUUGACAUGGUGUGUGAGCACCUCAAUCUUCUGGAAAAGGAUUACUUUGGCCUUACUUUCUGCGACUCAGACAGCCAGAAGAACUGGCUGGACCCCUCCAAAGAGAUCAAGAAGCAGAUCCGCAGUGGGCCCUGGAACUUUGCCUUUACAGUUAAGUUUUACCCUCCUGACCCUGCCCAGCUCAUGGAGGACAUCACAAGAUACUACCUGUGCCUGCAGCUCCGUGCAGACAUUAUCGCGGGGCGCCUGCCCUGCUCUUUUGUCACACAUGCCCUGCUGGGCUCCUAUGCCGUGCAAGCUGAGCUGGGGGACUAUGAUGCUGAGGAGCACGUGGGCAACUAUGUCAGUGAGCUCCGCUUUGCCCCUAACCAGACUCGAGAGUUGGAAGAGCGCAUCAUGGAGCUGCACAAGACCUACCGGGGCAUGACCCCAGGUGAAGCAGAGAUCCACUUCCUGGAGAAUGCAAAGAAGCUCUCCAUGUACGGGGUGGACCUGCACCAUGCCAAGGAUUCGGAGGGCAUUGAUAUCAUGCUGGGCGUCUGUGCCAACGGCCUUCUCAUCUACAGGGACAGGCUAAGAAUCAACCGCUUUGCCUGGCCCAAGAUCCUCAAAAUUUCCUACAAGAGGAGCAAUUUCUACAUCAAGAUCCGCCCUGGUGAGUAUGAACAGUUUGAGAGCACCAUUGGCUUCAAGCUGCCCAACCACCGUUCUGCCAAGCGUCUGUGGAAGGUCUGCAUAGAGCAUCACACCUUCUUCAGGCUGGUGUCUCCGGAGCCACCCCCAAAGGGUUUCUUGGUGAUGGGCUCCAAGUUCCGCUACAGUGGGCGGACACAGGCACAGACGCGGCAGGCCAGUGCCCUCAUUGACCGCCCAGCCCCUUUCUUUGAGCGCUCCUCCAGCAAACGGUACACCAUGUCUCGCAGCCUUGAUGGAGAGUUCUCACGCCCAGCCUCUGUCAGCGAGAAUCAUGACGCUGGGGCAGAAGCUGAGAAGCAGGAUGAGGACGGUGAGUCUGGCAGCAGGAGACGAUCUGAGGCGGAAGAUGAGGAAGUGACUACUCCAACAAAAAUCAAAGAGUUGAAGUCGGAGCAGGAAACAACCCCCAGGCACAAGCAGGAGUUUUUAGACAAGCCAGAAGAUGUUUUGCUAAAGCAUCAGGCCAGCAUCAAUGAGCUGAAACGAACCUUGAAGGAGCCCAACAGCAAGCUGGUCCACAGGGAUCGGGACAGGAGGCUGCCUUCGUCACCAGCCUCUUCGUCACCCAAGCAUGAAGACGAAACACCAAAGGGAACCCCAGAGAAGGCCAGAGAGGGCUCGGAGCAUUGGGUAUUUAUAGAGAGAGAAACUUCUAGGCUGGAAGAGGUAGCUCUAAAGAAAGCUCUGGGAGUCAAGAAAGAAGAAGCGUGUGCAGGUACGUCAGAGGUGAAAAUGAGUGUGAACAUAUCAAAAGUGGAGAUGGCUGUAGGGAAAGCCAAGGAAGCUACAGGCCCAGAAGAGCCAGCAGAUACAGCCUUGGACACCCGUCGAAGAGCAAAAAUGAUUGCUAGUCCAGAGGAUUUUGAGUCUGUCUGGGAGGAUGAGAUCUGUGAGAAAGCAUCCAGGGAGGAGCCCAGCAUGGAAGCAGAGCACUUGCCAGCUGAAAGUGGACAGGAGGAGUACAAAGAGAGGAGUGACAAAGUGAUUAUCAGAGAGCCAAGUCUGUCCAGGCCAUGUCAGAAAUCUGAAGAGGGGCAAAGGCCUGAGAUUUCAGACCCAGACUCUUACCAGGGAGAAAGCAAGGUGGGCUUGGAGGAGUAUGCUUCUGCAGCCUCCAGGAAGCAGGAGGCCAGAAUGCCAACCACAGCCAUAGAGGUCAUUAAAAUUAAAGUGAAAUCUAGCGAUGACAAGACUGAGACUUCUGCUACACAGAGGAUCAUCUACUUAGGAGAUAUAGAGGGAAAUGAGAAAGAGAAAAAAACGCAUCUGCUCUCAGAGGCCAGCCAAAGACUUGGCUUGGAGGAGGGGCUUGGAGGAGUAAAUGAACCAGGGGAGGGCUCAGGGCCCACAGCACCUGCAGAACAACAGUCCCAGCCCACUUCCUCAGUGGGUAGUCAAAGGAAAGCAAUAGCGGUAAAACCUGCUGUAGAGCCAGACCAGCUUAAGACAGGCUGUGAUAUGACAAGCCUUUUGGGACAUCCUUGCUCAGGGAAGGAGGAAGUUUUGUUAGUAAAACAGGAACGAACAUCUGCUGGGCUGACAGGCCAUGAAACACAAGAGGGAGAUGAAGCCAUAUCAUGUUCCCAAGAGGUGGGAUUGGAGGAAAAGCAUCUGCAAACAUCAGUAGGAGAAUUUAAGCUCUGUGCCCCGGCAGGUGAAGGCAGAGGAGCUAAGGACACGCAGCAGCUGGGCAAGGUGAAGAACCCAGCACUGAGAUUGGCUACAGGAGACCAGCAGGGAGAUAGCUCCACAGCAGAGUGGGAGGUCUCAGAAAGGAUCACUGCAGAGGAAGAAGAGGAGGAAAGCUCCAGAGUGGUUCUUCAGAUGGAAGAUAUAGAGACUAAACCACCCCCUUCAGCUGUGCCUCAGCAGGGCCAUCCCAGUGCCACAGAAGGGUCAGAGCAAAUGAAUGCUCCCACCCCUGGGCCCUUACCUCAACGAUCAGACCCUGUCUCUGCAGAACUAGCCCAGGAUACUGGGCCAGCCCAGGACACACAGCCCAAGGGCAAAGAGUUGGCCCAGGGCACCAGCCCUUUAAUAGAUGUGGAAAUAAUUGAGAAUGUGAACCCCACAACUGAGGUGACACUCAAGGAUGCAAGCCCCAUAGCAGGUAAAGAAGCACUCAAGAACAUGAGCCCUGUAACAGAGAUGGAGAUAUCCAAGGACAUGAGCCCUGAGUCUGAAGAACAGCUCCAAGACUUGGGCUUUGCUGCAGGAGAAACACAGCAAGGUCCAAGUCCUGUUGUAGGACAACCACCCCAAAACACAGAUGUUGCUGCAGUGGAGCUCUCCCAGGUCAGAGAUCCAGCCCCAGGGGAGGUGGUUCAAGACACAGACCUUUCCACAGGGAGGGCAGCCUAUAGCAAAGUCCCUGCCACAGAAGAGCCACUCCAGGAGGAAAAGCCCAUCAUAAAAGAGCUGUCAAAAGAAAUAGAGACUAUGUCAGGGGAAUUGUCCCAAGAUAAAGAUAAUGAAAUGGGAGAACUGUCUCAUGACAAAACUCCUAGCCUGGAAGAGCUUCCUCCCAAGGCAAAAGAAAUGGAACUACAAACUGGAGCCAUAAUAGGAGACCUACACCAAAAGGGUGCUGAGGCAGGAGGGCCACUCCACACUACAAUCCCCAAGGCACAAGAGCCAUACUGGAAAUUGGAGUUUAAUGUGGGUCAGGCUCUGCAGGAUAGGAGCUCUAUGGUACGAGAAACCGCCAAGGACAAGGGCCCUGCUCCAGAGCAGCCACUGCAGGAUAAGUCUCCUUCUGAAGAAGAUGGUCAUGUUGUGUAUUCCCACUGCCCUGUAACAGAAUCGUGUCAAGGAAGCAGUUUGUACCAACUAUCUGCCUUUAGAUAUGAAGGCAGGGUAAAGCUGCAAGCUAGCAAUGGGAUACAGAAAACAGAAUCUGGGCCGCUGAUGUCCAUUGCUGGGAGGAUAGAAGCUAUGUCCCAAGAGCAUGGAGAUAUCACUGUGACACUGGCUUCAGCCCCAUUCCCAGGUGUCUGGCAGGAUGGUGAGAUGUAUGAGAAAACCUCAGUGGCUUCUAAGAUUAAGAUGUUUGAGCAAGGUGAAGCUGAGCAAAGGACAGUGCAGGAGGGACAAGCGCGCAUGCCUGAAAUUACAACAGCAGCAAAAAAAGGAGGGAAGAUAGAUCUGGCACAGGGGACAAUUUUGGAUGCAGGCCUCCUCUCAUCUUCUGUGGUGUCAGCCAUUCCUGUGGGGUCCAUGUCCAGUAUUGGCUCUUUAGCCCUCAGGCAAGGGGUUGGUUCAGGAGAUUCAUCCCAGCCUCUGUCUCUAAAGGAAGAUGUUUCUAUUGAUGUGGAGCAUGAAGGAGAAGACAAUGCUGACCUUGCCUCCCCUGACUCCGGCUGCGAACUCACACUGGCAGAAGCCGUGAGCAAAUCUCAGGAACCAAGUGGGGAAGAAAAGGAUUUAUCUGACCCAUCAGUAAAAUCCAGCCUGAAAGAAGACAAUUUAAAGACUGCUAUUCCAGUAGUCUUCCAGAGAGCGGGCUUGAGGGAGGGUGCCGAGGAGAAAGCUAAGCCGCCUCGGCACAGGGCUCCUGAGAGUGACACCGGGGAUGAGGAGCAGGACCAGGAGAAGGACUCAGUCUUUCUGAAGGACAACCACCUGGCCAUCGAGCGCAAGUGCUCCAGCAUCACAGUUAGUUCAACAUCCAGCCUGGAAGCAGAAGUGGACUUCACGGUGAUCGGUGACUUUCAUGGGACAGCCUUUGAGGACAUAUCUCGGAGUCUGCCCGAGCUGGAUAAAGACAAGAGUGAGACAGAAGAUGAAGGCCUGACUUCCUCCCAGGAUACUGAAAAAAUAGCUCCUGUACUUGAAGAUGAUGUCAAAGGAGGGGAGAAGGUCUCCCAGCCUAGACCAGAAGUAUCUCAGCUAGAGUCGGCAGUGCUGAAAACAGAUGCUGCAACUGUUGGCCUGGUGUCAGGCAUGAAGAAUCCUGAAGAAGAAACCUCUGCUCCCCACAGGGUGGAAGGAGGCACCCCAGGCAGCAAAGACGCAAUAGCCACUUCCCACACUGUCACUGCAGAGACCAUAUCAACAACCUCAGGUCACAGCACUAAGCCUGGGAAAGGGACAGGACCCACAGCAGACCUUCGUUCCAUGUCACCGAUCAUUGGCAGCACCACUGGGAAGGAGGUGCUCACCAGCAUAUUCAGUGCCACCGCAGAAACCCUCUCCACUUCUACCACUACCCAUGUUACCAAGACUGUGAAAGGAGGGUUUUCAGAGACAAGGAUAGAGAAGCGCAUCAUUAUCACAGGAGAUGAAGAUGUGGACCAAGACCAGGCACUGGCUUUAGCAAUCAAAGAGGCAAAACUACAGCAUCCUGACAUGCUGGUAACCAAAGCUGUGGUAUACAGAGAAACAGAACCUUCUCCAGAGGAAAGGGACAAGAAACCUCAGGAAUCUUGACCACCGUGUUCACAGAAGUUGGCAUCUGUAUUCAAGCCUGGGGAAUAGUGAAGAAGGAUCCUUCACGCUGGAUUUGUCAGCAAGACAUAGACAUCCUGGCUGCAACGUUCAUGGCGAGAGACAAAAAAAAAAAAAAAAAAAAAAAAAAAAAAAAAGAAUAGCAAAUAUAUUAUAUAUAUAUAUACAUACAUACAUUCAUAUAUAUAUAUAUAUAAAUAUAAAAAUAUAAAAAACAGGAAACAAAAUGCAUCCUUGCACUGCUGCUCUAUGCUGGAAAUGAAUUACAAACAACAUCAACAACAAACAAAGCCAACCAUCUUUGCAGAUAAAUUGAAGAAUUUACUGGAUUGGUGAUAAAAUAAAAUUAAAAAAUCAUGAUAAUAACAAUAAUAUUGUUAAAGGUACAAUAAGCCACUGUCUUGCAUGUUACAUAAAAGGAUACACAAUCUUGAGUUCAUUUAUUGCACACUGAAUGGAAAGGAAAACUGCUUUGCAACAAAGCAAGAAAUAAGCAACAAAAUAAAAAUCACAAGCAGAAGCAAAACCAUUUCCCACCUCUGGAAAGAAGAGAGAAACCAUUGAGUUUAUUACUUUAGAGUUAUUUUCCAAUUUGGAAUGUGUGGUUACACUUUUUUUCUCAUUUCAUGCCGGUUCUUUUGCAUUUGGGGGGUUCCAUUAAUUCUGCCCCUUCUGUUCUUUAUCUUCUUCUCUGUGCAUUUGUCCAAGCUCUUGUUCUCUGAAGGUAUUUAGGAAUGGAUCUCAUUUCAAACAAAACAAAUUAUAUGUAUAUGGUUUCUCAUUUAUAAAAAUGCAGCCUGUAGGGGUUUCAUAUGGAUGUGCAUUUAAGUUAUGUAUAUUGUUAUAUAUAACAAGGGGGGAGGGAGGGAACAAUAUUAAAAUAAUUCAACAGUCCUGGUAAAUAUGAUGAUGACAUUUUAAAAUUAUUAAUUAUUUUGAUUGACUGUGGUUGGUGUAUUUUGAGACUCUUAGAUCAUACUUGGGACUUUUAGCCCUGCAAGAAGAAAAUGGGGACAGUUCCAGCCACUUCUGUUUUGGGGGGGAGGGGGGGCAGGGCUGAGGGAGAAAGACCAUACAGGUCCCAUCCUGCUGGCUGAUCCAAGCGGAAGCAGGAUGGCUGGGUUUGGUGCUGCAUUACACUGUGUUUGGGAUUGGUUGGUCAGUGGCGAGUUGAGAAGGGCAAGGAAGAAGGUUCAGGCUGCCAUUCCUGUGGCCCGGAUGCUAGGCAGGAAUGUUACCUGGCUCCAAUCCAAAGAUGUUAGAGUCAGCUGGGAACAAACUGGCAGCAUGGUCUUAGCUCCUCUCCAGCCCACUGAGCUGUGAUGAUUGUUGGGGUUGUUUUGGUUUGUUUCUGGACCCCAAUAAUGAAGUUACUCAAUCUUUGUAGUAGGACUGGUUGGAGGCAAAGAGGAGGCAUUUCUGCCUUGCUUCCCCUACAGUCCAGGUGCAAUGGCAAGGGCUGCCCAUGGCACUGUGGGCUACAUGACAGCAAAGGGAGGGGUGAUGCCAGUCCUUCCCCCAUCCUUGUCUCUGGGUGCUGCUGAUGGACAGGCGGUGGAAAGACCACAUUAUCUCAAUCACUGCAGAGUGCCCUGAGUGUACAAGGCUGGAUGGCAGAAUCCAGGCUCUCCAUGUAAGAAGGUCUGUGCUGAGAAGAUGUCAGUGAAGCUGCCUUUCCCAGAAAUCAUCAUAACUUGGCCUUUAGCAACAGGCUUCCUCUAUGGCUGCCUUUGUAAGGGGAUUAUGGGCCAAGGCCAGGGCCUCAUACACUGUGAAUCAGGCAGUUAGGGUGGAUUUGGAACCAAAAUCAGAAAGGAAAAUAAAUAAAUGGGUUUCCUUUUUGGAAUUAUCCUUAUCUCCUGCAGAAACAGAAGGGCCCACAAUUCUGCACCAUUUUGCCUUUAGUCCUCCACCCCUCACAGAGGCUGCUCAGAGUAGGUGCAUUUUACCAGUUCCAGCAAUGGAUCUGAGGAUGAUCCUAAACGGGGAGAACUUGAGCUGUUGGAAUAUUAUGGGAGCAUACUUUGCUUAAGAGAGAGCCUCUUCUCUGGCAGCCUUGUUUCACCAGUCACUUACUAUUAUGUCCCAAUGAAGUCUGUUCUUCCUCUGGCAUAUAAGAUUCUUCUACAAGCAUUAAAGGCUUCUUGUGAAGUGAAUAGACUUGCUGGCUAAUGCCAAUGAAGAUCAUUUCAGGUUUCUGAUCAAUUCUGUCAUGUAGUCUCCCCCCAGGUUCUGUCCGAGUGCUUUCAGUUGCUUGUAACUUGCAGUUUUUAGAGACUAGACCUCAGACCAAAAAGUUAAGGCAAUUGCAAAGAGGCUUCUUUUUUUUUUCUUUUUAAAUACACCUAAAACAACUGCAAAAAGCAGUUGCACUUUCUGAAAGAGACACCAAUCAAGAUGGGUCCUGUUCUCAGUGCCUGUACAAGGCAUUCAGCCCAUCUUGCCUGUUAGCAAUGGUCCACGUAUCAUGUGGGUUGUUCUUCAGCACCCUUUGUGCUGAAGGCCCCAUGUGGAUUGUUUGGGAGAUCCCAUGUGGUUUUGGUAUUCAUAAAACUGAACUACAGGCCACUUUGAAACUGGAUAGCUCGUUUUGAAAUCACAUAUAUGGUUAUAAAAUUUAAGUUCACUGUUAAAAUUAGUAGCCUUACACAGUUAUAGAACUGAUGUGAAAUUGGAUUCAAGCUAUUUACAUUUAAAGUUAAAAAAACUCAGUGAGUGGAUCCAGUUUCCUGCCUUCCACAGCUUGUUUAACGGGUGACAAUAUUUAAAAAUAAAAAAGGAAGAAAAAAGUUUGCUUCUUGUUCACUUGGCAAGGUGUGGGAUUCUGCUAUUUAGUAAUGACUAACAUCCCUUAGGGGCCUGGCUCUCUCCCAGCCUGCCCAUCACAUUACUGCCAUUUCAAAGAGCUAAUCACCAUUUGUUUUCUUCCAAGGGCCUUUCUGUUGAAAGGGGUGGGAGACAUGAGUGCCUGUUUUUACCUGAUCCCACAAAUUCAUUCAAACCUGGCCUGCAGUUGCAUGAGUAAUAAUGAUAGUAACAAUAACAAUAUUUAUUUUUAUUUGAAAAGCACCUUACCAACCAACUGCAAUGUUCUGUUGUUCCUUCACUAACUCCCCUUUUCUCUUCCCUUGUUCUUCUUCUCCCUCCUGCCUUCAGUCAUAUUCCUUUUCAGUGCUUGGUGGUGUAUGUGUGUGUGCUCACUGUUCUUGUAUUCAAUAAAAGUGAAAUAAAUGUGUUUGAUGCUGAA